AUGGAGGCAUAUCUAGAGGAGGUACGCAAAAUUGAAAAACAAUUCUUGGGCUUGGAAUUGCAGCACGUACCACCCGACACGAACAAGGAGGCGGAUGACAUUGCCAAGAGGGCAUCCCGGCGUGAACCCCAUAAGCCUGGCGUCUUCGAAGAGCAGCUCUUCAAGCCAUCGGUGGCUCCCCCCGCUGCAGGACAGACACUGCUCCGGGAGGAACCACCCAUGGCACCCACCUCGGGCACCCCGGUCUGCGGUCCGACCUUCGGAGCUCGCCUGCUCCUCGCGCUUGAACAUCAGGAGGGGUGCUGGAUAGAGGAGUUCAAGGCGUACCAGCUCCUAGGCACCUUGUCAGAGAAGGAGGAACACACGAAAUACGAGGCCCACCAGGCCACCGCGUACUGCAUCCAGGACGGCGAGCUCUACUGA